AUUUAAGGUGAGGAGAACAACAUUCUCAAUCUUUUCCAAAUAGUGAAGGGGAGCUGGGGCUCUUUUAAAGUCCCCUACCCCACAUAAACCAGGCGUGUGACUCAUGCCUGUAAUCGCAGCAGGGCAGAGAAGACUGGAUAAUCAGGAGUUCAAGAUCGUAGUGAAGGAGUCAACGGAGGGAGGAAUAUGCAUGGUCAUCCAGGUACUAACAGGAGAAACGAGGAAACUGAUGCUCACCUAGCGUUAGCAAUCCAUACCCGUCUUCUUAAAGGCUUUAUAUUGUUCACACCUACUCUUUUUUAAGCCUGUGCAGUUCAUCCACCGCAUGGGAGUGUUCAUACUUUGCUGCUCUAUAAGGAGUGGGGAGGCUCCAUGCUCUGAGCUGUAAUAAUAAUGUCAUUUGUUGGAAUGAGUGCCAAAAUGCCUUGGGAAAUGAAUGGCUGCAGAGUGGUGGUGUUGACCAGAUGAGAGAGGAAGUAUUAAAGGGAAGUUCUAGAGAAUUGCAGCCCUAGAGAGGGUGGGUAGAUAGCACCAAGACAAAAUAAUGUUCUUUAUUAAGGCUGUACUGGCCUUCCCCGUGUGAAAUGUAAAUGGAUUGUACUAUCUUUUCUUUCAAAGGGUUAAAUGAGACAAAAGGAGUUCCAUCUUUAAAGAGAUUUGUGAAGAUGCCAUCUGGCAAAGAUCCCUCCCCCUGUUAGCAUUUUUUGUUUUGAAAGUAUGUGCUCCAGGUUGUAUACUGUUCCCCAAAGCUUCACGUUGCUUAUCAACUGCACUGCUUUAAGUUAGCCAGUCUUAUACGCAUGGGAAACCAGGCUCUGACUUCUCAGAGUAGGGCCCGAGACCCCUUUGUGUUAGGAAUGAAAACCUACUAGCACAUCCACUUCACUUACCACUAAAAGCCAUUUUGCAGAAGUUAAAACUUUUGUAUUGCCCCAUUUUCUUGUGACUCCCAGACCUGCUUCUAACAACGGGAAUGUUGGGACAUACGUGCAAGUCAGCAAGGGUACACAUUGAGACUUUCUGGGCUAGUGUGUAAGGAGGCUGAAAAUUACAUCUUAUGUUCUAAAAGCUUUGUAAUGUGGGGCGCUGUGUGAGAGUGUGUGCAUGACAUAUCCACUCGGACGUAGUGAAUACCAAUUUAAUCAUAACGUUCAUAGUCAUAUUGAUCUUAUGUGUGGAGGUCACGAGAGAAAUAGAAAAGCACCCAGGAAACAGCAUGGUCUGCACAUGAAUCAUUAGAAGAACUUUGGAGUGCAGGGAUUUCAGGUCAUUGAAAUUACCCAUGCUUACCAAAUGAUAGUCAAGUGUCUUGACAUUUGUUGUAUGCAAGACCCAUUCAUCCAUGGGUGCUGAUCUGAUCUUUAAAGGCCCAAGGAUCCUUUUUCGUUCUAAGUUGGCAUUCUCAUAUGCCAAAGAUUCAAUUAUUAUAUAUAUGUCUAGCUUCUGGGGCAGUUACCCCUAUUUGCACAGCCUUAGUUAAUCUUUGUAAAAAUUCACUAAAAGGUUCUCUCUGGCCCUGUUUAACCUUCAGAUAUGAUUCAACUCUUUCCUAGUUCCUGAAUCCUGUCCUAAGCAUUAAAAAGCUGCUGAGCUACAUAGGGACAAGGUGUGUUUAUCAUAAAGAGCUUGAUCCUGACGAUCAGAGUAAAGUCCCUCGCCCAGAAUUUGAUUUGGGAAAAUCUCAAGUCCUUUUUCUUUUCUUUUUUUGAUUGUUGUUGCUCUAAAUUUUUUGCCUUUUCCCUAAAAUAUCACCUCCAAAGCAACUGCGGUCCACUGUCUAGGACUGCUAAGGUAACUGAGUUCAGAACUUGUGGCCUUGCUUUGCUACUGGAAGCCCACAUUUUGACCAUUUCUCUAACAAAGGAUGAAUGUAGUCCAUAAGCUACAAUUGCCUGUUUAAUUUCCUUUAGAUCAGUCAUAUGUAUGGAUUCUCAUGCAUAUUUUUUGACUACCUUAGGGCAUUUUGUACCAGAUGCUCUUUCUGAUGCUAUUAUCGGAAAGGCAGGCAGAACUCUGGGUAAGGUAUCCUGGAGGUUUUUGCACACUGAUGAGGCUAAAUUUUGCCUUUGUACCUUUUGUCCCUGGUCAUCAAAUUUGAUAAAUUCCUCAAUCUUUUCAAAUCUAUUCACCACUGCCUUUUAAAAGUUUGGAUCUUCUGUCCAGUGUUCUGUUCUAAGGCCCUCUUUGAGGAUUCCAAGGUGUGAAGUCUGUCCAGUAGAAAUAAUGUCUCAUCCUUGGACAUGAGUUUUAUAGAAUGCAUAUUACCUUCCUGGAGAGACGUUCUAUCAGUCAAUCAUAGUCCUUUGAGAGAGUCCAAUUAAUACAUUCAAGAGUACGAAUUCUCUCAGACAAUGUCUCAACAUUAUCCUUCUCCAUAGUAGUGAUUUUCUUUUAGAAGAGUGGUAUCAGUCUGUAAGGACUUUACCAUUUCUAAAAGUGCCUCAUUCUUGGCGCUAUUAUCAAACCAUAUUUUUAAGGAAAGAAUAUGGAGGACAAAAAACUAAUCCCCAGAAUCAGGUACAGUGAUGUAGGAGGGAAAUCAUGUAAGUCUUGCAAAACCUCGUGAAUGGUAUAAGUGAAAAGUCUAUUGAAACCCUGUAUGGUUGAAUUGUUCGUAAUUUUGCCCUUUUAAGUUAUAAAUUUAUGAUUUAUAUUUUGAGUAUUAAAUCUUACCUGUGGUUUAGUUAGCUGGAUUAGGUGCAAUAACCAUUACCUGCCAGUAGGUGUCGCUGCACACUUGCAGUUGUGUGGCUGGCUUGAAUCUGAAUCUGGCGCUAAAUUCUGAAAUAUGCUCAAAUUAAAAACAAUUACUUAGUGCGAAUCACAGACUGUGUGCUCCGCGAAGGUCCCUGACUGGUCAGCGACCACACAAGCACUAGAAUAGCAAAAGCAGACAAGUUGUUUGAAACAGCGAACAGCUGGCUCAGACCAGCGAAGGCCGGGUCUCCAGGACAUCUCGACUGCUGAGCCCACCUAAAGCCGAACCUGAUCUGCUCACUGGCAGCCCUGGGCCACAGCUGCUCUAGGACCAGGAAAGGGACGCAGAGCGGUCGCCUGCGCGGAGGGCAGCUCUGGGCGAUAGCUCCUUGGCCUCUGCAAGUGCAGAAAAAGCUGUGGUUGCUGCGGGCAUUCAGGGGCCCUGGGAAAGCCUGUGUCCUGUCUGAAUUUCCGUGGUGUGCGACUUGCGGGACUAGUGGCCACUGCUCUUGCACCAUCAUCACACACCGCAGCCUGCAAGAAUGCGCUUCCAGCAGGACUGGGCCGCCCGCGCCCACACAUCAGGACCGGGAUUUUAAUAUCCAGCACGUUGGGCACCGCCUGUAGAAGUUAUGUAGAUAUGGAAAUAACCACGGUAGCUUAAAGUUAGACAGAUAUAUUUUAUUUAUUAUUAGGGGAAAACUCACACCACAGGAAUGGAAGAUCCAGGCUCUGCACAACCGUGGGGGAAGCUACACAGAGAGCGCACCUGGGUGGUACACAGGUUUUUAUCUCCGGGUCCCAGAAAGCCAGGCCUAAACUAGGUUCCACCUCUUAAAGAUUAUUGGUUAACAAGGCUUUCCCCAUCAGUGUAAGUCUCCCAUCUGCCUAAGUGUCUAGACUUGCAGUCUCCUGUCUAUUUAAAUUGUUCAAAGUGCAUGACCCUAAAAGAAACUUAAAGGUGAUAGUAUAUGCAAAAUGCAAAAUCUUUCUAGGCUGCCUACUCUUUGAGGAUUAGACAGAGAGAGAGAGAGAGAGAGAUGAAUGCUCUCAUAAAGAGUUUAUUAUUAAUUUCCAAAACGUGGGUAGUGAUUUCUCCCUGGGAAGACAUAGUAAUUCUAGAGCAUCUGCAUUUCCAGCCUCUUAGGAAGGUGUUUCUGAGACAAGCUCUUUUCUUUUGACUCAGGUGGCCUUGAUUUGAGACUAUUGUACUUCAGGUCAUGACCUUGUUGUUCUCUAUAUUACACCUGCAACAUUUGUAAAUUGAAUGACGGUACCACCUCAGCGGUUUAAAAUUAUUCAUUGAGUCGUGUGGUCGGCUGUCCAUUGCAGUUACAGGAGAAGGAUUUGCAUGUGGAACAUGGCUUCUGCCUCCAGACCAGAAUAGCAGAAGUGAAGCAGGGUAGGCAAUCCUGCUGCUGGAGUCACCAUUAUGAAAAAAGGACCUCAUUGUGGAAGGAGGAGUUCAGUUGUAAUUUCCCAGCAUGUAUUAAUUCAUGUCAGGUGGUUCAAGUCAGACCGGAUUGGUGGGUGUACAAUGUGAGAAAGUUAUCUUGAAGCCAUGAAUAACUGAAUUUUCAAUUAGGAAACUUUACUGACCAGUCCUCCUUCACACAUUUACAUCAAAUUAGAUGUUUGCAAAUCAGGAAAUUGUUGUUACUCUGUGAGUCAGGUUAGAGAUCUUAGCUGCCAACAUGUGCAUAUAUUCAAAAUCAAUCAAUCGCUUAUCAAUGGCCUUCCCUCUACUAGAGAAGAACCUACUCUUUUUCAAAGUCAUAUAGUUAAUCUUUUAAAUCUUAAAAGCACGUUAUUUUUAUCUUUUUAAAAAGUCACUUAUUGUCAUCAUGUUUUAAUAUUUUCUUUAUGUUCAUUAGUGCUCUCGUCUCUAUUUGUUUCUGUUCUCCAAUGUUUCUUGAUUAUUAAUAAUUUCAUUCCUUUUUUCUCAAGCACCAUUUUCAUGUGUUUAGAGCAAUAUCUUCCACAGCCCAGCUUGCCUGAAGCUAUGAAGUUGAGAAUUGCAUUGCUCACCUACUCCUGCCUCUGCUGCCCAGUGCUAGGAAGACAGUCCGACAACUUCUCACGGGCUGAGCCUCGACUGGUCUAAAGAGAACAGUGAAUGACUGUCCUUCAAUCUCUCUGACUUUUCCUGGGGAGUUACAAAUGAAGAAUGACCUGUGCAAGAAUUGUGUUCACUCACCAACUUUGAAUCUGAUGUAGGCACUGUUCAGAAAGGGAAUGGCAGGAAGGAGGGCGAGAGCUUUGAUCCUUUGGCAGUAGCUGAUGUUAGCAAUGUGGAGUCAGGUAAUCGAUUUUAGAUGCUCCAGAAAAGUCCUGAGUGGCCAUUUCUUCAGCUCCACAGACCUGGGCAAUCAAGAAUCUGGAUAAAGGACUGGCCACCAUGUAACCAAAUUACUGGAGUUACAUUAGUUCAACCAGAAUAGAAGAUCAUUAUAAAAAGUUGUGGGCCUGCCUUACAGGAGUGUUAUUUUUGAGGUUCAGGUUGACAGAAAGGCGACAACAGUCCUUGGUGUGCUCUCAUUCAAGUCCCUAACCUCCGGAGCUUAUGGCCCUAAAGCCUGUUCCAACUUUUCAAAAUAAUUAUUUGACAUGAAAUCUACAUCAUAUGUGGAGUCUCUCUCUUGCCUCCAAGUCCUACCAUAGCUUCUCAUUGUUUUCUAACCCGUGGCCUCGUUUUUGCUUUAACAACACGCACUGAUUAAAUGUGACCUGUUUGGCUGCUGGAAUUCAAAACUAAGAAGCAAAGGGUUGGCCGCACUGGACAUUGAGUGUGUAAGGGAAUGUAUGCACAAAGGACCCUGUGCCCUGGACAAGGAACAGGAAGUGCUCUGGGGGCAUAGAAGAAUGUGUACUAAACUUCCAGCUUUCCAGACUAUGACCCUGACUGCUGGGUUGGAAGGGCAGAGCUGGCAAGGCCUAUGCUGCCUGAGUCACUUGAUCUCUACUGUUUAUUAUAUGCUAAGGUCCAGCUGAAAUAGAAUGAAAUGAAAUUCAUUUUUCCUUCAUGCAACUGCUUAUUAUAUUAUCAGGCUUAGCUGGGUGGCCCUAAAUAAUGAGGGACUCUGGCAAGCCAUAGGAACAGAUGUACUAGCUUGCAGGUUCUUUUCAGAAUUCUUUGCUUCAGCUGUAGGGAGUUGUAAGGAAGACCAAAGCCAUGCCAUGGUGAGUGUGGGGUGCUCAGAGCAGGUCAGUUGUACUGUCAUUUCUGCUGGGACUUGAAUGGACCAUGAGCCAGACUGUGGUUUUGUUAGUCCUUGUGAUGACCUGGGUGGGAUUUCCUGGGGAAGGGAAGGCUCUGCAACCUUGACCUGGAGGAUAUGAUGCUUAUAAUAUCCACUGUCCAGUGUGCCCAUACAGGCAUUGUUGUGGUGCAUGGUGGGAAAAUGGAUUUGAAAAAGAAGGUCUGGUUUCUAGAGGUUCUGAAUAUUGCAUUCCACUUUGAGGUUUGUGUUAUGUUAUUAAAAGUUUACAAAGUUGUAGAAAGAGGAGAUGUGGAUCGUUUUUCAGAAAUAUUUUAUUAGAAUGCUUUUAACUUUCUGCUACCACCAGUCAGCAUGGUGUGACUCAUUGAUUCAGUUUAGUUCCUAUAAAUCAUAUAAAAGAUACAGUAGAAGCAAUUGCUAUUCAUUGCUGGGCUGGUUUGCCACCCUUUUGUCUGUGUAGCGCUGGCUAUCCUGAAAGCAACUCUGUACAAGAGAUUUGCCUGUGACUCAGAGAUCCCCUUGACUCUGGCUUUCAAAUUGCUGAGAUUAAAAGUGGGCCCGUAUUCCUGGCCUUAUUCUUUUUAUUUUAUUGUAUGUUGGACCUUGAAUGUAGGUAUCUGUCUACUUUUACCAUGUUGUUAGUAUCAUGCUCCCUGUUGUACACAUGUAUGAACAUUUCAGAAUGCAGUGACCUAUGAUGAUGUGCAUGUUGACUUCACUUGGGAAGAGUGGAUAUUGCUGGAUUCUUCCCAGAGGAAUCUCUACAAAGAGGUGAUGCUGGAGACCUACAGGAACCUCAUUACUAUCGGUAAGAUUAAAUCUUCCUUCAAGGUUUUAAAUAAGGGGACAGCUUUUCCUCAUUUUUUGAGCUCUUCUACAAUCUGAUUGGGAAAGAAGAGUGAGGUAAGUAAAUUGGGCAUGUUUCUAAGGUUUACUGAAGGUAGUAACUUGAAUUGUGUACAGUUUUCAAUAAUAUACCAUAUAUUUUCUGGUACUAUUUUUUAGGAUACAGUUGGGAAGACCAUAAUAUUGAAGAACGUUGUCAAAGUUCCAGAAUUCAUGGAAGAAAACCACCGAGUCCAAAGAAUCCAGAUCCUCCUUGAGAGUAAAGUGCGUUCCCAUCAAGCCAACACAGCAUACAGUCCAGACCCUGCCUCCAAGAUGACGAAAGCUCGGAGGGGAUAACAGAUCUUGCAGCAGCACAGGAGGUACUGAAUUUUUCACAUGUAAUUUGGACGCUAAAUCAGCCACAAAAAUGAAACGGGCAAAGCCCCUAUCAACCAUUAAUAAGAAAUUGACAAGUGUUCCAGAAUUACCUUAUAAAAAAGGACUACUCAACUCACCGCCUAAGCCAAAAGAAAAACAUAAUGCCAAGUCACAAUAUGAUAAGAUCGAACCAAUGGUCCUAAGGUCUCCACCCACAGGAGAAUCAGUUGUACGUUAUGCCUUGCCAAUACCAUCAAGUAAGACAAAGGAAUUAAUAGCAGAAGAUGAAAUGGUCAGGAGGAUUACCAAACACCUGAAGAUGGUUGUUACUGCUUUGGAAAAUACAUAUGGAACUGUGGAUGAAGAUGGAGAAAACACACUGACAAAACCUGAAGAGGAAGGCGUAUCUUUAUCUGUUGGUGAUGAUAUGAAUGCAUUCUUGCAGUACUGUUCACAGUUUGCAGCUCAGAUGGAGGAAGCAGUUAAGGAAGAACGUAACAUUUUGGAGUCUCUUUUCAAGUGGUUUCAGCAACAAGUCAACCAAAUAGAGGAGAUAGGUAAAGACCAAAGCGUUUUCGAAGGAGAUCUCCCACCAAAUGAAAAAACGCUGAACUUGAACAUCUCACAAAUAGUAAGACUGGUACAUAGACUUGAAGAUCUGAAAACUCGCUUGAAAGGGCGCAAGGGAUCCCUGCUGUCUAUACACGCGGAAAAAGACAUGCUACCAGGUUCAAUGAGAAGUUACGAAGCUAUAGAGAAGCAAAUCGAAGGAUUCAUAAACUCUCACUCAGCUUACGAAUCUCAAGUUGCUUCUGAAACUGAGCCAGGAGCUCCUUAUUCAGUGACUAAACGGAUGAACGUGAUGAUGAAAAUAUUUGAAAAUCAGGCAAAUAUGUUAGAGAGAGCUUUAAAUAAUCAGAAUAUAGUUGAGACUAAAUAUAAACAGAUGGAAACUGAUUUUCAGAUGUUAUUAUUGGAGAAAACCCUACUGGAGAGUGAAAUACAGAGGAUGAGAGAGUCAGAGAAAGCAAAGCCAUCAGGUAAAGAAGAUCGAACCAAGAGAUCCACAAGGCCAGAAAAGAAAAAAGAGAAAGAUUCAGAAAGGAAGUCUCCAAGCAGAGAACUUGAUCUGGUUCAAAUCCAAAAAGAAGCAGAAGAGCUGAAGAUGGAGAAGAAAGCCCUUCAGGAGCAACUGAAAUGGGCUUUGCAGGAAGCUGAAAAAAACAAGAACCAACUCAAAGACGUCCUACAGCAUGAGAUGGAGACGCUUAAAGACGAGAGGAGUAAAACCAAAGUGGAACGGGUUGUUAGUAGAUCGAAGGGUACGCUUGAGGAUUCCAAAUAUUCCCAAUCAAUGGAGAAAAAUGCCCAGCUGGGUAGACAACAGCAGAACUAUGACCAGGUGCCACCUGAGAAAAGCAAAAGCUUGGAGAAGACACAGCCUGGCGCUCCUGUUGUAGGCCCUUUAGCGGGUCACGAUGGUGUCCCAGGCGUGCCAGCAUUCCCACCAGAGAUCUUUAAGUCAUUUACAGCAUUGCCUUUUAUUGAAGACCACCUAGAAUUAGACUCGACCGAGCCGGAGGAAACAGAGAUGUGGUCCUUGGUGUCCUUUCCUAAUCUCGCUGAAGAAAUGGAGAAGGCUGAAGCAUCAGAACACAUCCUUUCUCACACAGAAGCAGAACAAGUUGAAGUUUCUUCUAAAAUGCCAAAUGAAAUUAUUGCACCAGAAGAUUUGCUACCAGAAGCCCCAGUAACUACAGUGAGGCAACUCUACAGCCAAGGGAGACGCAAACCACUUUUUAUCACCACAAAACCACCUGAACACUUGAAUUUAAUUUCAAGAACGCAAUCUGAAAUUGAGAAUCUUGAAGCCACCAGAUAUGAGAACGUGAUCACUGAAUAUGAAGAACAAGAUAAAAAGUUUGGCAGAGAAGACUCAAUAACAGACAUAAAGCCAAAGGAACAGAGCAGUUCUAAGACUGGGAGAUUAUAUUUAUAUACUCAUGAGGAGGAAUCAGAAAGGAUAGUCUAUGAAGAAUCAGCAAAAGCCAAAGUUCCAGCAAAGAAACCAGAUGCUUCUAAAGGAAAAGGACUUGCUCGAGAUGAAGGAACGCUCAGCCCUGAGAUUCAAGGUUCGCUAUCAAAAGCAGACGUGCAAACAAAGAAACAGAAAAUGCACAAAAGAGAAAGAUUCCCUGCCUCUCACGAAGUGCCAGACAGAAGUUUUGAACAUCAAGACUCCGACUUGAUAUUUGAGAUCCAGGCAAAGAAGCUAAGAAUUUUCAAACCAGAAAGUGUUCACAGUGAAGUAUCAGAUAAGAACAUCAGACUGGAAGAUCAGAAAACACAGUCAAGCUCCCAAGUCCAGUUACAGAAGCAAAAAUCACUGGGAGGGGAAAUAUUUACUAUUCAUUUUGCAGUGCCAGAUGAUGUCUCUACUCAUUUGCAUCUAGAGUCCUCAUUAGAAUCCCAGGCCCAAGCAGAGAGAGGAACAACUUCUGAGGAUGCGCGAUUCGGCCCCGUUCCUGUAGAAUACCAGAAAAAGGAUGGAUCAGCGGACAAUCUGUUUCCUGAGAAGAAACUUAUUAUAACCAGAAACCCGACUCAGAACAAGAAAUAUGCCUCUCCUCAGGAGGAAAGUGCAGAGAAUGAAAAUGUCAACAGAUUCUUUACAAAUGAAGACCUAGAAUUACAAUUCUUGGAUCGAAAAAGACGGAAAGCUGAGACCAAGUCCAUCACAGACGUUCAGGAGUCAUCCGAACCACCAACAACACUAAACCCAAUGAUUAGUGAGAUCAUAUUUCGCCUGGAUAUGGACAGAGUGAUUGAGAAUGACCUAGAAAACAUGAAGAAGACCUUUGAACAACAUUUAUUAAAAAGUGAAUUCAAGGCACUCUCCAAGACUGGACUUGAGAUGAAAAGCAUACUUUCAAGACCCAAACCAAAGGAGCCAGUGAAAACGGGAUGGCGUAAGCAGGAUAUGAGUUUAUCUCCGACGAAAGGUAUUACUCCAGGUUUGAGUUCAAUGAAAACCAAACCUCAGGAAAAUGUUAAUGCCAAGUACCACCCACCAAAGACAUUUCCAACAAAAGUGAUCAAUCUGUUACCCUUCACCAGUGAAGAGGCAAACAUGGAAAGCUCUACACCGUUUGAGAAUGUAAUUCCAAAGCCAUUCUAUAGGACAUCCAAGGGAAGUUCCGGCAUACCCGCAACUUUGCAGCAAUUACUAAACAGGAAGAUCUCAGGAGCUCCAAAACCAAACAAUAUAAACAAGCAAAACACUGAACUUGAAAAUCAGCUGCGUAUUUCGGUCACAUCUCCAAAGAAAUACGUGCAUAAAGGGCUGUCUAAAACGCCAAAGUUAAGAAAAAAAGGAGUUGAGUCUCGGAGUAACCUUCACACUUCGACAUCGUCCAUCAAGAAGCAGAAGCUUAAAGAACAGCAUAACCCUGUAAUGUCAAUUGAAAGAAGUGAUGAACUUCCAAACAAUAUGAAGAUGCUUGCCUCUCCUCCCAAAAUCAAAGUCCUUAAAGAGCUGUCCAAAACUUCACUUUCUAACAACCUGCGCAAGUCAAGGUCUGCUGCCAAGAAACUCGAGUUUGGAGAGCAACCACCGCCUGUAAACUUAAAUGACAAAGACGCCAUAAUUUACUAUAAUUUGCAUGGUUCCACCUCUGCCGCUAACAAAGACCUCACUGCAGAGCUGUCUAAAACAACUCAUUUCUAUGAUGAAGUCGGUCAGCGUUCCAGUACUGUGCACAUGUCCAUGUCCGCUAUGAGGAAACGUAAAACCAAAGAGACAUCUAAAACAACAAAUUUAGAGAAGGAAUAUGCUGAAGUUGAAAAUAGUCUGCAGACACCAAAUUUGGCUGCUUCAAUAAGUGAGCUGAAAGAGCCACGUAAAUCAGGUAACUUAUACAAGAAUGCUGAUGAAGAGACCAAUCUCCUGCACAUGUCAGCCUCCGCUUUAAUGAGAUAUUUGAUUAAAGAGGCAUCUAAAACUAGUAGCUUAAAGAAGGAAGUAGUCAAAGGAUCACGCCUUCUGCACAAAUCAACCUCUUCUGUGAAGAAGCGUUUGCACAAAGACAAGUCCAAGAUUAAAAACCUAGGCAAGAACGUUGGUGAAGGUACAUUCAUGCUGCGCACGUCCGCCACUGCUAAGAAGAAGCAAGUACUCAAAGAUCACUCUAAAACCAGUAAUUUAGAAAAGCAGACUAUUAAAGGGACAGGUAUUCUGCGCAAGUCGGCCUCGAAGAAACAUGUGCCCAAAGGUCUGUUUAAGUCUACAAACAUUGGCAGUAAAGGUGCUCAACUUCUAAGUAGUCUCCACACUUCAACUUCAACUACCAAGAAGAAUGUGCUUAAAGGGCAACCUAAACCUACAACAUUAGGCAAAAAAGGUGUUGACCGUCUAAAUAAUCUGGUUCCUUCAACAUAUGCCUCCAGUAAGGAUGUCCUCAAAGGACAGCCUAAGUCCGAAAACUCAGAUGAAAAGGAUUUUAAACUUCUAGAUAAUCCGCAACCUUCUGCCUCUGCUACAAGGAAGCAUCUUCUUAAAGAAUUAAGUACCAUUCUGUGAAAGUAUGCCGUACAUCCAUACUUGAGAGAAAGAAUCUCAAGGAUGAGCACCAGGAAGUUCAAGGACACGGGAGGCAAAGCACCACUGGGAACCCACGUGUGGGAAGCCUUGUGAGCAGAUGUGCAUAUGGAACAGCAGUGCAGAAGGCCCCUGACGGACAGGGUAGGACCAGACCGUGAGAGUCCUUCAGGGGCAGCAGAACUCCGCUCACUCUGUGAAACACUGAAACAGCUUGAAACAUUGAAACAGUCUAAGACCGCCCUCUUGUGGCUGACUUCCAACUUGCGCUGCCUAGCUAAGAUCCCUGCAGUACCUUCUGGCGAGGUGUAAAGGUAAUUAAACGACAUUU